UUCUAUAUGGAUAAAAUGAGAUUUAAAUAAACUAACUCUCGAUUAACCCAAAUUGAUUAGCUGUCAAUGAAGAUGAUGUCCUUUUUUUUUUUAUUUCAAGUUUGGGGUCAACCAUUAAGGCCAUGUUGUUAGGCCAUCUGCCAUUCCCUUUCACCAAGAAGACACUCCAACCAACAUAAACAAUGAAACAAAUAACCAAAUCCCAAUUUAACCAACCUCUGUAUGGAUCUCAAACAUCAAACUAUUAACACCCACCUUUCUAACCUCUCCUCCCAAUCCCACACCACUCGCCUCGCCGCCCUCCGCCAUCUCCGCCUUCUCUCCAACCAAGACCCCGCCGCCCGUCCCAUCAUCUCCGCUGCUGGUGCCAUCCCCCACCUCCUUGACGCCCUCUUCUCCUCCUCCCACUCCAUCCAGGACAACGCCGCCGCCACUCUCCUCAACAUCUCAAUCUCCGACCGCCUCCCACUUCUCUCCACGCACCAUCUCCUCGACGCCAUCGCCCACCUCCUGUCCCGCCACGCCACCUCAUCCUCCCCCAACGCCGUCCAGUCCGCCGCAGCCACACUCCACUGCCUCCUCUCCUUCGUCCCCGAAUUCCGUCCCACAGUAGGUGCUAGGAGCGACGUCCUCCACUCUCUCAUUGGCAUAAUCGAAUCUUCCGAUUCACCAAGGAGAUCAGUGAAGGACGCGCUCAAGGCGUCAUUUGGAAUAGCGCUGCAUCCGCCGAACCGGGCCAUAAUGGUCCGACUCGGCGCGGUAUCAGCGCUAUUCCAUCUGGUUGCAAAAGAGAGAAUUAAAAAAAUUGGAAUCAUGGAAGAUGCGACUGCAGUCAUAGCGCAAAUUGCGGGGUGCGAGGAGAGCGAAAAAGCGUUUCGUGAGGUUUCGGGGAUUCCGUUGUUGUCGAGUUUGUUAGAGUGCGAAGGAAGUAGCUUGAGGACGAAGGAGAAUGCGGUUUCGGGUUUGUUGAAUUUGGUGAGGUGUAGUGGUGAAGAAACGGUUAUGGAAGUUAGAGAGAAAAGCGUUUCUGUUGAGGCCUUGGAUGGGAUCGUGUACGUGCAGGAGCAUGGUAGCGCCAAAGGGAAGAGCAAAGCUGUGGCCUUAUUGAAGCUUGUGUUUGAUGGUGGAAGCAGUUGUAACAAGAAUUGUGGUGAUUUGUAUCCAGUUGAGCCUGACUCUUAGGUUGUGUUUGGAAUUGGAUGCACUAAAAUUCGUUUAAUCUAGAGAUAAAAUAAUUCAUACACAAUUAUUCUUUGUUACAUUUAUAUUUAGGUAUAAACAUUAGUGUACAGUAAGUGAUGUAAUGUAGAUAGAUUCUGACAAAACAAUGGCUAUUGAUGACAAUUUUCUUCU